AUGGAACGUGGUUAUGCGGCAGUCCCAAAGACAGACUGUUCUACUAAUGGUCGACGACUUAUUCAGUGUGUGCCUGAAGAAGAGCUUGACCCUGCACAUGUUGAAGAGGGCCCAAAGGAAGAGGCCAAAGAGGAGCUCUUGAAUGAUCCCAAUAUUGUUACCUGGGAUGGUCCCAAAGAUCCGGCAAACCCGAAGAACUGGCCGAAAUAUCGACGAUGGACAUCGACCAUCCUAGUAUCCUGCUUUACCUUCAUCUCUCCGGUUUCGUCCACGAUGCUGGCCCCUGCGCUCCCUACACUUGCCGAAGAGUUCAAGAUCAAGUCCGACAUUGAGACAUACCUCCUCAUGUCUAUCUUCCUGCUUGCGUACGCCGUCGGUCCUUUCAUCCUCGGUCCACUCUCGGAGAUGUAUGGCCGUGUCGUCGUGCUUCAGUCUGCGAAUAUGGUCUUUCUCCUGUUCAACACAGUUUGCGGUUUCUCGACAAGCAAGGAGCAGAUGCUAGCUUUUCGAUUUCUCAGCGGUUUAGGUGGUAGCGCCCCCCAGGCUCUUGGUGGUGGUGUCCUCAGUGACUGCUGGCACAAAGAGGAGCGUGGUAUGGCCACUGCCAUCUACAGUCUGGCCCCCUUCCUCGGCCCUGCGGUUGGCCCGAUCGCUGCCGGCUAUCUCACUCAAUACCUCAACUGGCGUUGGAUCUUUUGGACUGUUUCCAUUGCCGACGCCCUAGUGCAAAUCCUUUGCUUCUUCAUCCUAUCCGAGACAUACACCCCUAAGAUCCUUUACGUCAAGGCCAAGAAGCUCCGAAAGGAGACUGGCAACAAGGAUCUGCGUACUGAGUACGAGAACCCAGACCAGACAUUUGCUCAGACCCUGAGGAAGAAUCUUGUCCGACCGUUCAUCAUGCUGUUCACUCAGCCCGCACUACAGGUUACUGCUCUCUACCGAGCCUAUCUCUAUGGUCUGAUGUAUCUUGUCCUGGCUUCGUUCCCAAUGGUCUGGAUGGAGCAAUACGGCCAAAAGGCUGGACCUGCGAGUCUGAACUACAUCUCUCUCGGCGUCGGCUUCGUCAUUGGCCUCCAGGUUUCCGGCCCUAUGAUCGAUAAAGUUUACCGAACCCUCAAAGUCCGCUACAACCACCCCGGCCGGCCCGAAUUUCGCGUCCCGCUUAUGUACCCGACAGCCAUCAUCGUUCCCAUCGGCUUGGUGAUCUAUGGCGUCGCCGCCCACAACCGCACGCAUUUCAUCGUUCCCAACAUCGGUGCCGCCAUCUUCGCCGCUGGUCUGAUUCUCUCUUUCCAGUGCGUGCAAACAUACACCAUUGACACCUACGAACGAUAUGCAGCAAGCGCAACAGGAGCUGCAGCCUUUGUGCGAACGAUGGCGGGCUUCAGCUUCCCUCUCUUCGCACCCAAGCUGUACGACGCUCUCGGUGUUGCGGCUGGUAACGGUGUUCUUGCCGGUGUUGCAGCCUUGUUGGGAAUUGUGGUGCCAACCAUUAUGUGGAAGUACGGCGCUUGGCUGAGGAGCAAGAGCCAGUACUGUUCCGGCUAA